AUGGCCACCGCCGUCGCCACAGCCACCUCACUGUUGCACGACCAGCGAACCUUCACUUUGCAGCAGGGUGAGUUGGAUGGGCGCUUUGCGGAUGCCGAAGAGAAACCAGCAGCAGCAUCCGAAGAGCCCGCAGAGGCGGAGGAGGGCGAGGAUGAGGACGAUGAUGAGGAUGAGGAGUAUUGGUCCUACCAUGACGUGGGCGAAGCCCUAGACUGGCUUGAUGCCACGGAGGGCCCGGAUGGCUCGACACGUAUUUCCUCAACAUUCUCGGCUGCCGGAAGCGCAGCUGCGGCGCGGAGGCCUAACGCGCACGGCGGCAUGCUCGCGCGCACACUCCAGCCACUCUCCAACCGCACACAGAAGCUUGCCUCGCACGUCCGCGCCGCUCCUUUGGAGGAGUGGGAAGGUAGAAUGAACGUGGGGAUGUCAAAUUCUGUGACGACUGCAAUCAGGGACAGCAUAAGAGAUACUGCAAUUGGGAAAACAAGGAACACUGGGAAGGCAGAUCGUGCUACAGUUGAACAGGCUAUUGACCCAAGGACCCGCAUGGUUUUGUUCAAAAUGUUAAUCCGUGGUGUUUUUAAUAACAUAAAUGGUUGCAUUUCUACCGGAAAAGAGGCAAAUGUAUAUCAUGCAACAAAGACAGAUGGCAGUGAGUUAGCAAUCAAAGUCUAUAAAACUUCAGUGCUUGUUUUUAAGGAUAGAGAUCGAUAUGUUCAAGGAGAUUAUCGUUUUAGACAUGGUUACUGCAAGCAUAAUCCUCGGAAAAUGGUAAAGACUUGGGCUGAAAAGGAAAUGCGAAAUCUUUUACGGAAAAGGAGGUUGGGCUGCUCCUCGACUUAA